GGCUCCAACUCUUCUUUCGGCUCCUCCUCUGCUGCCUAUGAUGCUACGACAAGCCCUUUCACUAUUGCUUUUCGCGAACGCCGCCUUGUCCAUACACAGGGUGGACAUUCCCCAUGAUCCCGUAUACUGGGAGGACGUUUCCUAUGACUCCGACAUCGGGUCUGAAGAUGAAGGCUACGAUGAGAUCCUAAAGAAAGGGGCUGAGCUGUGGAAUGAUUAUAUUAUGGGCGAGUGCGAUACUAAGAACCAGAAAUGCACAUAUCGCUAUCUGGUAUUCCAGGAGGCUACAGCACAAGAGCAGGCGUGCACCGACUUCAUUAAGAGAACGCAUCCUUGCACCAAGGGUUCUUGCGGUGGGCUGAAGAAACAAGGCGGACCAGGCUGUGGCGUCUCGUAUCCAGUGGGAGGCCGGUGUAAAUUCGAUGACGAUCCUGCCGAUGUCAAUUGCUGGUAGCCGUAUCAUUUUUGGAUGGAGUUUAGUUAGCUAAUGAUUCGUGCUAUCUCAAUGUUCUGCGAUACUGUCGACAUUUAUUCAGGCUUUGGAGGUAGUUCUAGUUAUUGAAGAAUGUCAG